UUGGACGAAAAACAGAUUCCGAAACGAUUUAACAUAACUGGUAAAGAUAGAGGAUCUGUUGAAGAUAAGCGAAAAAAAGAAAGAGAGGAACGCAAGCAAAAAGAAUUGCAAGAAAAGUAUGAAAAGUGGAACAAAGGGUUAUAUCAGUUAAAGAGGCGUACUGAGCAACUUGAUGAGAUGGCCCGAGUUGUCAAGGAAAAUUUCGCGCGCCAUGCUGAUGAUGAAGCAAUGAAUGAACAUUUGAAGAAUGUAGUAUAUGAAAAAGAUCCAAUGUUUCAAUAUGUUAAGAAAAAGGAAGAAAAAGCAAGACAGUUGUUUGCAGUUUAUCCCAAAUAUAAGGGUAGUUGGCCACCGAAUCGGUUCAAUAUUGCACCUGGUUAUAGAUGGGAUGGUGUAAAUCGUUCAAAUGGCUUCGAGGAUAAAAUCGUUUUGAUCAUGAAUAGAAAAAAAGCACAGAAAGUCACGCAAUUUGAGUCGUAA